AUGUAUAAAUUAGAACGAUGGUUACAUGCCAUGAUCAAAGAAGCUGCUUGCCUUGCCAAAUGCUUGUGUGUUUAUAGGGGCUUUGGUUUUUCAAUUGAGGUGGACAAGUCCUUGCCGGAUCAUGUUAUGGGUGAUGAAAGGAGGGUCUUUCAGGUGAUUUUGCAUAUGGUAGGGAACCUACUUGAUCGCAACAAUGGAGGAGGGUCUGCAGUGCUUCGGGUUUUCUCUGAGAAUGGAAGUCAGGAGAGGAGUGAUCAGAGAUGGACAACCAGGAGACAAAGCUUGUCUGAUGGGGAUGUAUAUAUCAGAUUCGAAAUUGCAAUAAACAAUAGUGGUUCUGAAUCAGAGGGCUCAACCUCAAUGUCACAACUCAGUGGUAAGAGGUAUGCUAGUGAUGGAGUUGAGGAGGGCUUGAGCUUCAGCAUUUGCAAAAAGCUGGUCCAUAGGUAG